CCCACAGAAAAACAAAAAAACACAUACACAUUAACGUUGUGUCACGCACACUAGUACUUUAUACAUAUCUAAAUAUAAACAUAUAUUGGUAUUUGUCGUGACAGCUGAAGCAGUUUAUACAGCACUGAGAGACGUGAAUGAGGAAAAGCGAUAGAUAGACUAAGAAUUUCGUGAAUAGUUGAGCCACUCAUAUCAUGGAAGAAUUGAAGUAUAUUCUCAUAAUUUCUCUUUUUAAAAUUUACGCUCAUGCACAAGACCCUAUAAUUGAUACUACCACUGGAAAAAUUAAUGGAUCAACAAUUUCAGUUCAGAAUUUUGAUCUUGAUGUAUUUCUUGGAAUACCAUUUGCUAAGCCUCCUGUUGGUAAUCUAAGAUUUAAAAGACCUGAAGAAAUUGAACGGUGGAGUGGUAUAAAAGAAACGAAGAAAUAUGCUUCAUCAUGUGAACAACCUAUAACUGAUAAUUCUAAUGAUACUGCAGAUGUAGAUCUGUGGGAAAGUAAUUUAAGUGAAGACUGUCUUUAUUUAAAUAUUUGGGCGCCAACAGAAGCACGGAAGACCCGUUCAAAUUUAACCACGAUGAUCUGGAUAUAUGGAGGUGGAUUUAUUUCUGGAUCAAGCGCGAAGGAUGUGUUAGAUGGGCGAUGGUUAGCUGUUAGUCAAAAUAUUAUCGUUGCAUCAAUAAAUUACAGACUAGGGCCCUUUGGUUUCCUUUCUUUAAAUGACGAGCGUGCUCCGGGUAAUAUGGGACUGCUUGAUCAAAACCUUGCCAUCAAGUGGAUUCGCGAUAAUAUUGCAUCAUUCGGCGGAGAUCCUGAUAAACUGACACUAUUUGGACAAAGUGCUGGUGCAAUAUCUGUUGGUAUGCAUGUUAUUUCACCAAAGUCUCGAAAUCUUUUCAGAAAUGCUAUUAUGAUGAGUGGGACACCUAACACUAACAAUGUAUUUAAGACAAAAGAGGAAAAUAUUGAUAGAGCGAAAGAAAUGGCUGCUUUCCUGAAAUGUCCAACUGAGAACGAUGAGCGUAUGUUAAAUUGCUUUCUAAAAGCCGAUGCUAAAAAUAUAACAGUGGGACAAUAUCAAAAUUUUAACGAAUUGCGCGGAAUUCCCUUUUCCCCCAUUAUAGAUAACUAUUUCUUACAGAAGAGUCCAAACGAAGUUCUGCAAAGUAAAACAAUUAAAAAAGAUGUGUUGAUUGGAUUUGUUAAAAACGAAGGAACUUUCAUGCUUUUAUUAACUAACCCGCAAUAUUUCACACCAAAUGGAAUUGCUCCGAUAAACAAAUCUAUCGCACAUAAAUUAAUGAAAAAUUAUUUGGGAGCAGAAUUAAGUCCUGCGCAGCUUGAUUCCAUCUUUUAUGUUUAUGGUUCACAUGUCUACACUUCUGAAACUGAAAAAUACGCAUACAUAUUAGACCAGGUACUUGGAGAUAUCAUGUUUAAAUGCCCUGGUAUUAACUUUGCCCGGGUAUUCAGUAACCAUUCCAACCUUUAUAUGUAUUCUUUUGAGUUUCUCUCAAAUUCUGCGCCCUGGCCAGAAGGGAAGGGUGUAAGUCACUCGAACGAUAUUUAUUACGUGUUUUCUCAUGAAAUAUUUGCAAAAAAUUAUUCAUCAGAAGACAAAUACGUAUCAGAAAUGAUGUCAAGUUAUUUUGCAAACUUUUCUAAAUCAGGUAAUCCUAAUAAUGGAGAUUGUUCUGAUUGCUCCAAUGAUCCAUGGCCAAAGUUCACACUCGAAAACCAGAAAUAUCUUGUGAUUGACAAGAAACCAAACAUGAAGACCAGAGAGAUUUCUACGUACAAUUCAUGCGACUUUUGGUCAGAUCUUUUCCUUCGAUUAAAGAAACGUACUUGUCCAGUACCAAGUGGAUCAAGGAAUAUUUGGACUUUCCAGGGAAGACUAAUGACCUUUUUCACACCCAUUCUCCUCUCUUUGAUUUUGUUUUGAAUGUUUUUGAUUUAAUGUUACGUCAGUUAAUUACAUCACUCAAUUAAAAAUUAAAGCCAGUUUUAUGUGAUUAAUAAAAUGAUUUUGCUAUA